AUGCUCAUUAGCGCAAGCUCCCCAACUUUUGAAGACAUCCAAGCAAUAACACUAAUGGCUGCCUACUCAGAGAACGGGUUCGUACUUAUUGCCCUCGCUUUGCGGUUUGCAGUACAAUCAGGCAUCCCAAACGCCGUAGAUCAGCUCAUCACCACAUGCAUGAAUCGAUCAAGAACGAUGAGUCUAGAAGAGCAAGAAUGGUAUCGCAUAUCACGCUUGUGGCACGGCGUCUGCAAUCUUGAGCUCUUCUUCUCUCUCGACGGUGGUAAGCUCCCUGGUAUGACUAGUUACCUCUCUCCACGAAAGAUCCGAACUCUCAUCAAUCACCCUGAACGGACGGCAGUUGAUGUACGACUACUCUCGCAGAUUGAGCUCAACAUCAUCCGCGCUGAAGCUUACACAAAGCUUAUCGACCGCGAUCCGAUAUCAGUCCAGGAGGAGAGAAGAUUACAGACAGUACUCGAUGAUACGACCGUAGAGCUGUCGCUCUGGCUCGACGAGUGGACUAGCAUCGUCUCCAGUGAGCCCUCAGCUCGCGAGCGGGCAAUCGCCCUCCAAAACCUCCACAUUCAGCGGCAUUGGGCCCUGAUGACGCUUCAUCUGAAAGCCAUCGCGUCCUCGGGCAUUGAGAACAUCGAACUCAUGACCGACUCGCAGCAGAAUUCUGUACGUAAAGCAAAAGAAGCAGCGGCGUCGCAUCUCGAGUGCAUUCUCCAGGCGCCAUCAGUCGGUGAACAAGAUCCGGCCCAAACUUCGCCUUAUCUCAGUAGCUUCAAGUGGACGCUGGACUACGUUUGGGCGAAAUGCGCAUUCUCCGUACUCCUGGUUCUCAAACUCGCUAUCCUCCUGCGCGACCCCGUACCAGCCAUCAUGUCGCUUCUGCGAGACGCGCAUCGCUUACUGGAAGAGCUGAAGAGGGUUACUGUCGGACACAUCGCAUAUUUCCAAAUCUUGCAGACCAGUAUCGAAAAGUGCGAGGCGGCAUUAGGCGAAUACGUCGCGCAGCAAUCGUCUGGUCCGGAGACCGCAUCGCUUGAGGCAGCGCGCGCUGCCGAGGACGAGUUCCAGGGCUACGUGCCGAGCGAGUUUGUGUUCGAAUGGGACUUUCCGGGUCUGAAUCUUAAGCAUAUGCCCCUUGGGUGGCAGGAUUUGUUCAUCAACAUUGACGGGCUGUUCUGA